GCACGCACGGCGCGCUCCAUGCCGGGAAGGGCCGCGGCGCUGUGCGGCGCGGGAGGCUCCAGGCUCCGAUGCUGCUGGAGGUGGCCCAGGCCGCGUCGGACGUGAAGCCCCGCGCCCGGCCCCACCAUGUCGUACAUGCUCCCGCACUUGCACAAUGGCUGGCAGGUGGACCAGGCCAUCCUGUCGGAGGAGGACCGGGUGGUCGUCAUCCGCUUCGGCCACGACUGGGACCCCACCUGCAUGAAGAUGGACGAGGUGCUCUACAGCAUCGCCGAGAAGGUUAAAAAUUUUGCAGUUAUUUAUCUUGUGGACAUUACAGAAGUGCCUGACUUCAACAAAAUGUACGAGCUGUAUGACCCGUGCACGGUCAUGUUCUUCUUCAGGAACAAGCACAUCAUGAUUGACCUGGGCACUGGCAACAACAACAAGAUCAACUGGGCCAUGGAGGACAAGCAAGAGAUGAUUGACAUCAUUGAGACUGUGUACCGGGGUGCCCGCAAGGGCCGGGGCCUGGUCGUGUCCCCCAAGGACUACUCCACCAAAUACAGAUACUGAGCAGCCAUGGUGGCGCGGAGCCUACUCUUGUAUUUAUUGGAAUAGCCCCUGUACAUAGCCACCUGAGGGAAUAAAACACUGG